AACAACAAAGACAUUGCAACGAUGUCCAGUGCAUCGCGUGAUAUAAAUGAUUUGUUUGACGAAAUAGUGCUUACCGAGGAGAAACACGCUCGUCUGGGCUAUUCUGAGGGCAUCCGUGACGGCCGUGCUCAGGGCAACCAGGAGGGCUACCAACUUGGCUACGCUCAAGGUGUGCAACUUGGCGAAGAAUUGGGAGCCAUUUACGGCCAAGUGGUGGCACAACAGCAGCUACCACACACGAAAAAGUUGCUGCGCACUUUGCAGCAGCUGCGCGAGCUCAUCGAACAGUUUCCGCGGAACAAUAACCCAGAGGCUGAUAUCAUUGGCGCUGUGGAGCAAAUACGCACAACGCAUCGGCGACUGUGCGCUUUGCUGGGCACCAAAAAGGUGGCUCUGCAGAAACCCAUCACGCACGAGCACAAGGAUUUCAGUUUCUAGAAGCAACAACAUGAGUUAUCUGGGCGAUUUACACCAGCGCCUCGAUGAGGUCUUGUCAUUUUUAGAACCGUACUGGAAUUUUGCAAAUUGCCACAUGGUCAACUACAUAGUUGACAAUCAUUGGCUGCACAUGAUGCCCCAGUCGCUAAGAGCUGAGCUAAAAUCUGUUGAUCAUGU